UGGCCAUCACCAAAACACAUCAAAACAAAUAAAUAGUACCCAUUCAAACCAAAUUUCAGAUUUAAUUCUAUAUCCAAAAAUGCUCUCUUCUCUCAUCCAAAAUUUUCAGGUUUUCCAAGUUACUAGUGCUGUCGUUGUAACAGCAGUCUUGUUCGCUUUGGCGGGCAUAACCCUAGCCGGCUCAGUGGUGGGAUUAAUCGUAGCCACACCUCUUUUCGUAAUAUUCAGUCCUGUUCUCGUACCAGCAACUAUAGCUUCCACUCUCUUAGCCACCAAUCUCUCGGCCGGUGCCUUAUUUGGAGUGACGGCGGCUGCUCUUAUAGUCUGGCUCUUUAAGCAUAGAAUGGGAGUACACCCGAAGAAUAAUCCACCUCCAGCAGGAGCUCCACCCACAGAAGCAGAUAAACCAGCUGAAGAAACAAUAGAUAAACCAAAAGAUAAUUCGACUGGAGGAGCAGCCGAUAAACCAGGAGAUAAACCAGCUGGAGGAGCAGCCGAUAAACCAGGAGGUAAACCGGAUGGAGGAGCAACAGAUAAGCCAGAAAGUAAACCAACUAAAGGACCAUCAAAUAAACCAAAAGAUAAACCCGAUGGAAGACCAACAGAUAAGCCACGAAGUAAGCCAGCAGAUAAACCCGCUGGAGGACCAACAUAUAAUCCAGAAAGUAAACCGGUUGGAGAGGCAUCAAAUAAACCAAAAGAUAAACCCGCUGGAGGACCAACAGAUAAUCCAGAAAGUAAACCGGUUGAAGAGGCAUCAAAUAAACCAAAAGAUAAACCUGCUGGUGGGUCAACAGAUACGCCAGAAGCUGGAAAGACAUCAAAUAAACCAAAAGAUAAACCCGCUGGAAGACCAACAGAUAAGCCAGAAAGUAAACCGGCUGGAGAGGCAUCAAAUAAACCAAAAGAUAAACCCGUUGGUGGACCAACAGAUAAACAAGAAAAUAAACCAGCCGAAGGAUCAGCAGAUAAACCAAAAGAUAAACCUGCUGAAGGACCAACAGAUAAACCGACCGGAGGGGCUGCAAAUAAACCGGCUGGAGAAGCAGCAAACAAACCGACUGGAAAACCGAAAAAUAAACCGGCUGGAGAGAAUAAACCACCGGCAUGGUAUAGGUGAAUGGAGUAGUAUGAAAUUAAAGUAUUGGGUUCCAUAAAUUAUUCCUAAUUUAUCGUACACUUCAUGUUUCAUAAUCAUUUCUAUGAAUGUACGACUUGUUACAAAGAAAUGAUAAACAGUGUACAGAAUUUUCUUUGUAAAUUUAUUAAAUUGAUGUGGAUAUCAUUAUAACUGACGUUAGCGUAUAUCGACCAAUGCGAUAACCAAAUCAUCAGUAUAUACGUAAGUACAGGUUAUUGGUUGUUGUAUUUUUAUGGAUUUGAAAAUUCGAACUAAAUCUAGUGUUAUUGGUUC